UUGCGUGCGAGUCGGUGAUUCCCUUAUAGCAUAUAACGCGGGAAGAAAGCCGGAUCUGUGUGGGAGAUCUGAAUCUGCAAUCACAUCCAUGGCUUCCAAGCUCGUAAUCAUCAUAGUCUUUAUCUUGGACUUGAUAGCUUUUGGGCUCGCUGUGGCAGCUGAGCAGAGAAGAAGCAAGGCCAAGGUUGUUCAUGACUCGGAUUACAAUUAUGAUUACUGUCGCUAUGAUUCUGAUAUUGCAACUGGUUUUGGUGCGGGCGCAUUUCUGUUCCUCCUGAUCAGUCAAAUCCUCAUAAUGGCGGCAAGCCGUUGCUUCUGUUGUGGAAAGCCUCUGAGCCCCGGAGGUCCAAGGGCCUGUGCAAUUAUCCUUUUCUUAAUCUGCUGGUUGUGUUUCUUCAUAGCCGAGAUAUGCUUGUUGGCAGGAUCAGUGAGGAAUGCUUAUCAUACAAGAUACAGGACUCUUUCGGACAUCGACCCAAUUUCUUGUGCAACCCUUCGGAAGGGAGUUUUUGCUGCAGGUGCUGCUUUCAUCUUGUUCACUUCCAUAGUCUCGCAGUUCUAUUAUGUCAGCUAUUCAAAGGCCAGGAACAGCUUCCAGCCCUAUACUGGCCGAGAGACUGGUGUGGGUAUGGGAACCUACAAGUAAGCUUAUUAUUGAUACAGCAUUAGAUAUUGACACUGUGUGGAUUUUCGACCCUGUAAUAUUUGUUUAUUCCGUUCCAAAAGUCAGCUGUGUUAAAGGUUUUAGUUUAGCGAGUGUACCAGAUAAGGCUUGCAGUCUAGGAUUCUAUGUUGUCGAUUGUUGUUACUGUUGUUGUUUUGGGCCUUUGAGAGCCUUUGUUCCCCUGUGACAUAUGUUUUUUUCCUUUUAUGGCAGAUACCUAUAAACAAGAUAAAUUUGUUUUUCAUU